AGUGCGUUUUGUUGAAGUACAUACAAUGGAAGCUUAGCUAGCGAUGGAUAACACGUAAAUAAACGACGCAUUCCCACUAUCGAUACACGGUGAUGUGUCAUAGUGGGUUGUUAUAGCUGUCAAAAUAUUUAUUUAUAUUUUUGUUUGUUAGUAAUGGCGAGCAGCGGAGGCGGCGGAUUGGCGUCAAACCAAAGCAGCCAGCAGCAGGACUCGAAUGCUUCCGAGUCGGCUCAGUGCGGCGCCGCGGCGGCGUCCAACAACCUGCAGCCCGCGUCCGCACCGUCCUCCUCCCCUUCGGUCGUCGGUCUUCACCGGGAGCCCGUGUACAACUGGCAGGCGACGAAAAGCUCCCUGAAGGAGCGCUUCGCUUUCCUGUUCAACAACGAGCUGCUCAGCGACGUGCGGUUCGUGGUGGGUAAAGGCAGACAGGCCCAGAGGAUACCGGCUCACAGGUUCGUGCUGGCCGCGGGCAGCGCCGUCUUCGAUGCCAUGUUCAACGGAGGGAUGGCUACGACCUCGGCGGAAAUAGAGCUGCCAGAUGUGGAGCCAGCAGCCUUCCUGUCCCUGCUCAGGUUCUUGUACUCCGACGAGGUCCACAUCGGUCCUGAGACUGUGAUGACGACUCUGUACACAGCGAAGAAAUACGCCGUUCCUGCUCUCGAGGGUCACUGUGUGGAGUUCCUCACCAAACACCUCAGAGCUGACAACGCGUUCAUGCUUCUCACUCAGGCGAGGUUGUUUGAUGAGCCUCAGCUGGCCAGUCUCUGUUUAGACACGAUAGAUAAAAGCACCGCAGACGCGAUCAACGCCGAGGGCUUCACGGACAUCGACCUCGACACUCUGUGUGCGAUCCUCGAGAGGGACACGCUCAGCAUCAGGGAGAAUCGUCUGUUUGAAGCGGUGGUGCGCUGGGCGGAGGCCGAGUGUUACAGACAACAGCUUCCCCCCACCGCCGAGAACAAGCAGAAGGUUCUGGGGAAAGCCCUCCCCCUCAUCCGCUUCCCGCUCAUGACUGUUGAGGAGUUUGCAGCCGGGCCUGCCCAGUCUGGGAUAUUGUUCGAUCGGGAGGUGGUAAAUCUGUUUUUACACUUUACAGUAAACCCCAAACCGCGGGUCGACUACAUCGACAGGCCUCGCUGCUGCCUCAGGGGAGAGGAGUGCAGCAUUAAUAGGUUCCAGCAGGUCGAGAGUCGAUGGGGGUACAGCGGGACCAGCGACAGGAUCAGGUUCAACGUUAACAGAAGAAUAUGUGUGGUGGGCUUCGGCCUGUACGGGUCGAUACACGGGCCCACGGAUUAUCAGGUCAACAUACAGAUCCUAGAGAGCGAUAAACGGAUCGCGCUGGGUCAGAACGACACGGGCUUCAGCUGCGACGGUUCAGCGAACACCUUCAGAGUCAUGUUCAAAGAGCCCAUCGAGAUCCUGCCCAGUGUCAGUUACACUGCCUGCGCCACGCUCAAGGGUCCAGACUCGCAUUACGGCACCAAAGGCUUGAAGAAAGUGACCCAGGAGUCGACAACUGGGACCAAGACAACGUUUUUCUUCUUCAGCUCGCCUGGAAACAACAACGGUACGUCGGUGGAGGACGGGCAGAUCCCAGAGAUCAUCUACUACAUUUAGACCGUCAGGAUGUAAGACCGGUACCAAAACCAGGGAGGUCUCAGACCACUGGGAGGACUGGACUCAGUGCCUCAGGAUCCCCUGGAAGAUUGAAGUGUGUGUGGGGGGAAUGUUGAAGCUCUGUUGUAAAUACUUUAAAUACUCGUGUCUGUUGGUGUUAACCAAGUUAAAGCUGCGCUGGUCAAAUCUCCACCUGACGUCACAUAUUCAAAGCAUCAUCGACACAUUUCUACGUUUUUAUUUCUGUGUUGUGAAGUCGUCGUCUGUUGUUUGAUAGUAACUUAUGACUUCAUGUUCACAUCAGUGACAUGUUAAACUGAGACGUUUGUAAUGAAAUGGCGUGUCUAAUUUCAGCUUUUAAGCAAUAAAAUGUAUCUGA